AAAAUAUUUCUUUCGAAAUAUGAUUUAAAACACGUUACUAUUCUACCUCGCAGGUUAUGUCAAGUAAAAUUUUUCUGUCUUUCACCAGAGGUAAGAAAUUUUUAAAAUGGACGAAGAAACAUACUUUCAAAAAGAAAGUUUGAAUAACGAUAUAAUGAACCAAGGAGAAAGUUCAUCUUUUCAAACAUAUCCUGAUUCCAUCAUCAAGGAUACACAAUCUGAAAAUGGUUUUGGAAACGUUAAUCAAGGAUCUUUGAAUAAUAGUGUGUAUGAAGAACUAAGCGUGAACACAUCAAAAAGCAACGAUGUGGAAGCAAGAGUAAAUGUCAUGCCUUGCGAUCCUUCAUAUGGGAUUAAAACUGAAGACCAGAAGUCAGAUGCAGCAAAUGGUCUUUUUAAGAACGUAAGUCCAUGCGCAUUAAGCGACAGACCUGUAGAACCCUUUAAAGGAAGCGUAAGAAUUGUUCGAUUGAAAGCUGUAUCAAAUAGCACCGCACAAGAUGUAAAUGCUAUGAGCUGUAACAUAGUUUCCCCACCAACUGGCUCUCUGUCCAAAGAUGACUGUAGCAGAUUAUAUGUAAAUCAAAUGAAGCAGGAGACUGAAAAUAUAACCGUUACAAAUCCUGAAGCUAAAUAUCAAGUUUUGACAUUCAGUAUACCCAACAAAGCUUCACAGGGAUUUAUUUCUUCAAGUUGUCAAGAGCAUCUGGAUGCAAACCAUCAAGGAUAUAGCCAGAUAUUUAUAAAUUCAACUAUUUCUCCUUCAUUUGAAAAAGAAAAUUCUUGUAGUUCGCACAACAUAGCGGAUGAACCAUGCCAUUCGCCACCUGUGACCAAAAUACCAAGAUUUGAUAAGGUGUCGUCUCAUCAGUCUGUUGUAGCAAGAACCCCACUUUGGGUGGUCAAUCCAAGCAAUAGUAAUAAUAGUAACUCUAUGCCGACUUCUAAUAAUUCAUCUUACCCAUCAUCUGCCGAAGAAAUUCAAGACACCUCAGCUAACUUCGAAAGUUCAUCAAACUUGAAUGAAAGUUCUCAAGUUAUGCAGCGCUUUGUAACAUCUGAUGGCCAAGUAGUAUUUGGAUACAAAGAUUCUAAUGGAGAAUUCCAUUUCUAUUAUCCUACUUUGAGUGAACGAGAAAGCCAUAACGAGAAGGAGAGGAAAAGAAGGAGCCGAGUCUCUGAAGCAUGCGCCUCAUUGCGUAAAACGGUUCCAGGACUGAGUGACAAGACUGACAAAGCUACCGUUUUUGAACAAGCAGCUAGAUAUUUAAAAUUUUUAAGAAGAAAAUAUGGAACACAAUUUGAUCAAGCCUAUUACGAGAAAUAUGUUCAAGAAACAAGUUGAAUAUAUUUGACACAAAUAUUGUAGCUAAGUAAAAUUUUUAAUAUUCAUUCUGUACUAUAAAUUGCAAAAUUUUAUGCAUGUGCAUGUACGUAACUGUGGAAACUAUAAAAAUAAAAAGAAUUCCAU